AUGAUGCACACUAGUGUCACUGUGCGCUGUGGAAGAGGUGCAAGUCAAGAGGGCUGUUUUGUUCUGGAUGGUGUCCAGGUUCCAGAGCGUUACUGGAGCUGCACCCAUCCAGACAAGUGUAAAGAAUUCCAGCACUCUCUUGACUUGUUUCUCAUCGAUAAUGGACAGAUAUUAGGGAGACAGAAGAGCACUGUUGUUGUGGAGAAGUCAAUGCAGGAUCUGGUGAACCUAAUGCACGAUCUGAGUGCGUACUCUGAUCAAUUCCUGAAUAUGGUGUGUGUGAAGCUCCAGGAGUACAAGGACACAUGUAUAAUUGCCUACAGAGCUGCCAAUGCAAAAGAAUCUGAAGUGUUGACUGGCAACUUGGGAGACAAGCUUAUCCCACAGAAUGAAAUCCUAAGAGAUGUCAGCGACCUAAAGGCCUUGGCAAAUCUACAUGAGAGUCUGGAAUGGUUAUCAGCUAGGCUGAAGGGUUUUUUUUCUAGUCUGCCUACUGCUCAGUCAUUUUCUCCAGGACAAGAAGUUCAUGUAAACAUGGAUAUUCCUCCAGUGUCUGAGCAGAUAAUGGAAACUCUCAAUGAUCUUGCAAAGUCAUUUCAGGAAAUGGCUGACCGGUGCCUGCUGGUGCUUCACUUAGAAGUCAGAGUUCACUGCUUUCACUAUUUAAUCCCACUGGCCAAGCAAGGCAACUAUGCCAUUGUUGCAAAUGCAGAGAGCAUGGAUUAUGACCCCUUGGUGGUGCGACUGAACAAAGACAUCAGUGCCAUUGAGGAAGCGAUGAGUGGCAGUCUGCAGCAACACAAGUUCCAAUAUAUUUUUGAAGGCCUGGGCCACUUGAUUUCCUGCAUUUUGAUCAAUGGUGCACAGUAUUUCAAGCGGAUCAGUGAAUCAGGAAUCAAGAAGAUGUGCAGGAACAUAUUUGUACUGCAGCAGAACCUGACCAACAUUACCAUGUCUCGGGAGGCGGACCUGGACUUUGCAAGGCAAUACUAUGAGAUGCUGUACAACAAUCCAGACGAGCUGCUCAACCUAGUGGUGGACCAAGGGGUAAAGUACACAGAAUUGGAGUACAUCAACGCCUUAAGCCUCCUCCAUCGCAGCCAAACUGGAGUUGGAGAUCAGACCACUCAGAACAUGCGAUUGCAGCGGCUGAAAGAGAUCAUCUGUGAGCAGGCUGCUAUAAAACAGGCCACCAAGGACAAGAAGAUCACUACAGUCUAAAUGCCCAGCCUCAAAGUAGGGACUCAAUACAGUACAACUCCAUCUUAUUUAGAGUUGUGGCUAGCCUCAAAGGCAACUUGCCAUCAUAUUCAGUGUGUGUUUGUUUUGAUCUAUUAGCAGUGAAACAUGUACAUAGAUUAUAAAGUUUAAGUUGGCAUUAUUGUAGCUUGUUGCCUUCUGAGAAGUACUAAGGGAAUUUCUUUGCAGAAAGCAGUUUGGUUCUUGUGGGUCUGUUUUCCUUUUUUUGCUGGCCAAUUGAAACUUAAGUACAGAAUUAGCAGGCAACAUCACACUCUUUAUUUCUCCUCUACAUUCCUGCUUUAGGGAACCUGGUUGCCUGUCUUUAGUUCCCUGCGCUUCUUUCACCAUCAGUGCCACCCAACGAUUAGCUGACUACUCACAGUUUCUAGCUGCUGACUUUAUUCACCCACACACAGUGCAGUUGAUGUGCAACAGUACAGUUCUCCUUAGCUAAUAGUUGGUAAAUUCAUCUGCCCAAAGGUGGCAACCUAAAGUCAGUCAAUAGAUCUUCCUCUCCCAAGCCACCAAAUUGGCUCUAUUAUCCAGUUGAAGUUUCACUUGGUUACCAUAAAAGGGAUUAGCUGCAGAAACAAAACCAAAAGGGUGCAUUUCUGUAGCAAAAAUGAACUAUUUAUGGCAAGAGCACAUUUAAUAAAUAAUGUUUUACCUUCAAAUAUUUCAAAUUGGCACACAUUGCUACAAAAUUUGCAUUGUUUUAAUCUAAUAUUCAACAACUAAGCUUAGAUUUCACAGCCUGAAGAAGUUCAUAAUUUUUGCUAAAUUUGAUCAUCAUACUUGGAUUUUAUGGGUAAAAUAAAGUAAAACCUAGCACAAUAAUGGACACUUAAUGAUGGGGAAUGAACUGGUGAGGUUUGGAUUUGUUUUAGUGUGUCAUUGGCCCCAGAAUCUAAGUCACAUGGUAAUAAGGCCUUUGGAUCAAGCAGAUCAGAUUAGCAACUUGAGAUAAACUGAAGUGUAAUUAUAAAAAGAUGAAAAUAAAUAUGGGCAAGUGUGCAGAGACUUCCCUAUUUUGUAUCUGAUAUAUGUAGGCCAAUUAAAGAGGUUUCCCCUUACCUUUUGUGCUGAUCCCCUUUUUAAUUUGUCUGUGCAAAGUAUCUAUAUCCAAGUGAGACAAAAAAAAUCUCCUACACUCUAUUAUGUAUUUUGUCAAUAGAAGUAGCUCGGGUACUAACUAUAAAUCAGGACUGGUCAGUUGCAAAAAAAAGUACAUUUGCACAGAACUAUUAUUGUAACAUCUGUUAUGUUGUUAUAUAGAUUCACAAAAAUGGAACAUGGAAUGUUUUUCCUGUCACAAGUUCCUUUAUAUAUAAAUGCCCUUAACUGCAUAAUCUGUACUAUUUAUUACCACACUGCAUGAAUCAGAAAUCAUUUUGUCUUCUAAUGUGCACACAAAAUAUUCUGCAAUAAAGCUGAAAAAAGAAUUUCUCA